AUGGCCGCCCCCGCGACGUAUACUGGGAUAGCCAUAUCUAAUUGCGUCCAGCUUAUCGGUACUAUCAUCACUUGGUUUUUGUCGGGGUCAUUAUUGGUGCAAUGCUACGAUUUCUUCUGCACCGAUCAUUUGAAUGGGGACUUGAAAUUCAUCAAAGUAGCGGUUUGGGUGCGGUCGAUGGCUGUGACUGCGGGUGCUUGGCAAAGCUUAAUAGUUGCAUGGGGAAACCCAACAAUUUUCACUGGCCCUUCCGUGUUUCCCGUCUUUACCGUACCACUCACUGGGAUAGGCGAGUCUUCCACUCAACCGAUCCUUCAACGUACUGACUUCGCCAUUGAUAGAAUCCUGCGUUGUUCAGAUUUUUUUUGCCUGGUGGCGUUGAUGCAAUUAGCGGCUGCGUUUGCCCGUGGAGUAGCUCAUACUUUAGACCUUUCAGCUGAGCUCGUACAGGCAAAAUUAGAAUCCUCAUUCAAGUCAACGAAGCGUAUUAUCGAUCGUCUCAUUAUUGUAACUUUGGAGACCGCCGCCGUCACCCUGAUCACGACUCUUGUUCAACUAAUUUUAUAUUCAAGAUCUCCGACAAAUUCGCUCAACCGAGUUGGCAUAAUGUACAUUUUGGGGGGCUUCUUGCAGAUUAUGGCUCCCAAAGGCAAAGGAAGUACCAGAAUGGAUGCUGGAAAAGUUUCUUCUUCAUUCACCCCAGGAUUACAAAAAUCUGCUAGCAAUGCUUCGAGCAGUCGAAAUUCUGCACAACUUCUUAACCUGCAUACACAAGCCUUACUGGAGCAACAAGAUGGCCCAAUUGUUGACAGUGAUAUCCCUAAUCUUGAUGAUAACAUGUCACCAACCACCAAUCCUGUUACAAUUGACCCCAUCCUUGAUGAUAUCAAGGUUGAAUACCAUCCACAGAGUGGGAAACCUACUCAUGUCUAUCACUUUGAGGAUUGUACCACAUCUUCUGAAGGCACAGCUAAUAUGCCAGUUGAUCCAGAACCGUGGAGACCAUUUCGAUCACGCCUUGAUUUCGAGAUUGCAGAAUUGAUUCUGAAUACCCAUAUGAAUAAAUCUCAAACCAACCAGCUGCUCUCACUCAUACACCAAUGCAUUCAAAGGCCAUCUGAAUUUACAUUGGAAAACAGCACUGACUUGGAAUGUGUAUGGGAAAAUGCUCGUAUGGCACGCACAUCUGGUUUCUCAAAAAUCACUGUCCCUGUCCCUUAUAAAGAGAAAGAGGUUCCACAUGAUGUUUGGACUUACUCAUUGUUUGACUGGACUCGUGAACUUCUUGAAGACCCAGGUCUCAUUUCCCAAUUUCAUUGGCAUGCUGAACGUCACUACAAGUUUAAUGGUUCAAAAUUUGAACGAUUUAUUGAUGAACCAUGGACUGCUGAUACCUGGUGGCAAAUUCAGGUACAAUCUUGUUCAUCCCUUCCACAAGGUGCAUUGCCUUUCUGCAUGGUCAUUUAUGCAGAUAAGACACGCCUUUCAUCAUUUGGCUCUGUCAAAGGCUACCCAGUAAUUGGUCGCCCUGCCAACUUCAAUGUCAGGAUCAGAAAUGGAACAGGCAUUGCAGGUGGGAGAGUGCUUGGAUUACUUCCAGUGGUGGAUGAAGAUGCUGGAGAAACAGGAAAAAAAGGAUAUGUCAAUUUCAAGAGAGUUGUCUGGCAUAAGGCAUUCUUCCACAUUCUGGAUUCUAUUCGAAAGUACCUCAAAACAGGUUACACAUUUACCAAUUGUGCUGAUAGCAUUGCACGGCAUAUAUUCUGGUUUAUUUUGAUUGCAUCUGCUGAUUAUGAAGAGCAGUGUAUGAUUUCCUUAAUUCGUGGGGCAGGAGGCAACUUUCCAUGUCCAAUCUGUCUUGUUCCUGCUGAUCAGCAGACCAAUUUGUCAACAAUAUUUCCUGAGCGGACUAUGAAAAAUAUGCAAGAAAUCUAUCUCACUGCACAGAAGCUGGCAUCUGGCCCCAAGGAGGAACUUCUCAAAAGUCAUGGUUUGCGUGAUGCUGAGAAUGUCUUCUGGAUGUGCCAUGGUUCAGAUAUACACAAAGCACUUUCAUUUGAUCGCCUUCAUGCAUACCAUGGUGGUCUUUUCUCAGACCAUUUGUUAUCUGAAUUCAAAAUGAUCAUCAAUGAGCUUGGUAAAGCAUCUGCUAAGUUGCUUGAUAUGCAAUUUGAUGAAAUGCCCCCUUGGAGUGGCCUCAACCAUUUUAGUGCUGUGAUGAAGACAGAGUUUGCAGAUGGCUCAAAAUAUGAGGAUAUAUCCAAGGUCACUCAACUACAUUCUUUAAUGACACUGAUAAUGAUGCUCCAUCAGAUUAUAGUAUUUGCAGCCCAUAACAUUCUGUCCAAAGAUGUAACAAAACAAGGCUUCCAUCUUCUCAAGCUUAUUCGAAGUUAUCUGGAGCUGGACAUGUAUGUUUCUUUAACGACACAUACUGAAUCAACUAUUGCGGCUGGUCGGGCUGAGCUACUUGUCUUUGAAAAUUACUACAUCCAUCAGCAUGUUUUUGAUGACAUCCAGAACAAGGGUGCUACUCGAAACUACAAUACGAAGCCAAGUGAAAAGUCACAUGGUUCAUUGAAAUCAGCCUACAAGUUUCACACCAAUUUUAAGAAUGUUGAAUCACAGAUUCUUGAAGUCAAUCAAUCCCAUCUGGUUGCAACAAUCAUACGCACGAAACUGGAGACUCUUGAUGAGGCACAAGACUCCAAUGAGGAGGUGGUUGAGAAGGAUAUAAUUGGCAGCAAACAUGUCUCUCUUGGCUCUCCAACUUCCAAGAUUACACUCAAAGACAUGGAGCAGCGAGGGGCUCAAGAUUUUGCAUUUCAAGAUUUUCGAAAGAAGCUAUCCAAAUUCUUCUCAAAAUACUUUGGGCAUCAAAUACAACUUCAUGAAGAUGAAAAUAUUCACUCAAUUUUUCAGAUCUUCCCAUACCAAUAUCUUCAGGUCAACUAUGAGUCAACAGUUGAUUGGUCUCUGACAACAGAUUUGCUCAGAGUGAAUCCAAAAUUCCACAACAAAGAGCGCUAUGACUAUGUUGUUGUCAAAAUUGACAGCAAGAAAUUCAUCUUUGCUCAGCUAUUGUGUAUUUUCAGUUGUGAAGUCAAGUCAACCAAGUACUUUUUGGCUCUCAUUCUUCCCCUUGAUCUUCCACCCUCUCUAACCAAUCGUGGACGUGAUUGGGAACUAUGCUUUACAAGACUUCGGUCGCGUCCAAGGCUUUCAAGCUGCUUUAUCUCUGUGGAAUCAAUUGUUCGCAGGGCUCUUAUUUCAAAGGAUUAUGGUGCAGAGUAUGGUGAUGAGUACCUUGUUGUUGAUGUUGUUGAUUUUGAUCUGUGGUUGCGGCUGAAGACUUUGCCACUCAUACACAGAGCAGAAUUCUAG